UACUGCCACCGCCAUGCUGACCCCCAGGGCGGCACUCCUCUUGACUUUGCUCCUGGCUAGGGACUCCCUGAGCCAGAGGGCUCGGAGACCUCCUCAGCCCUCGUCCCCCAUCAGCACCAUCCCGCCAAAGGCCAACUUUGAUGCUCAGCAGUUUGCAGGGACGUGGCUCCUUGUGGCUGUGGCCUCCACGUGCGGCUUCCUGCAGGAGCAAGGCCACCGGGUUGAGGCCACCCUACUGCGUGUGGCUCCCCAGCGUGCAGCCAUGGCUGUCAGCACCUUCCAAAAGCUGGAUGGGAUCUGCUGGCAGGUGCGGCAGCUCUACCAAGACGUGGGAGUCCCGGGCCGCUUCCUGCUUCCAGGUGCCCGUGCAGUGGACGUGGUCGUCGGAGAGACGGACUAUGAGGGCUACGCCAUCCUGUACCUGGAGCGGAAGCGGAGGCUGUCGGUGAAACUGUACACCCGCUCACUCCCUCCAAGUGACUCGGCGCUGAGUGCGUUUGAGCAGCACGUCCAGAGGGCCAACCUGACCGAGGACCACGUCUUGUUCUUCCCCAAGUACGGUUUCUGCGAGGCCGCAGACCAGUUCCACAUCCUAGAUGAAACAAGAAGGUGAGUUCAGGCAGCGGCCCGGACCUUAGAAGGAGCGAAGACCCUGAUGGUGGUGGCACCUGCUACCCCCUCACUGAGCCCCGGCGCCCCCCAGGGUCAGGGCCACCCCAUGGGGGGACACUCUCCCCUGUGUGCCCUGAAGCUGCCCAUCACCCACAGAGCUCAGGAACGUGGCCUUCAUUAAACACUGUCUGUCUUGGC